AGUCUUCCUGUAAACGGAAAAGAAUCGUUAAUGAAGCGGCAUGGAGGUUAAAAAUGACAUUAUUUGCAGUCCGGAGUCACACACUUAUUUAUUGACCAUCCACAGAGAGGUAUUACUAGCUUGUUCUAUCCGUGGAAGGACGACGCUCGUGACGGCCGUCCACCUCAGCAGAGUGGUCGGGAUCCGGUGAUGUUGUCUCUCGGUGCCCUAAUCGGGACAGAGCUCCCACUCUGUUUUAGAAACCAUGAAAAGCCGUGAGUAUCAGCAGAUCGACCCGAAGGCGCUGCCGACACCCACCCAGAGCCCCCCUUCUCACCAACACCAGGCUGUCGGCGAUGACGGGAGAACACCCAGGAGAAAGUGGGAAGUUUUCCCCGGGAAGAACCGCUUCUUCUGCGAUGGACGGAUUAUGAUGGCCCGUCAGAGUGGGGUCUUUCCCCUCACUCUGGGCCUUAUCCUCGUCACGAGCGGUUUAUUUUUCAUAUUUGAUUGCCCAUUCCUGGUCAAACACCUGACCAGCUGUAUACCUGCUAUCGGAGGGGUCCUGUUUGUGUUCGUGCUCAUCACGCUGCUCCAGACCAGUUUCACUGACCCUGGCAUCCUGCCUCGAGCCACUCCAGAGGAGGCCGCAGACAUCGAGAGGCAGAUUGAUGACACGGGGAACGCCAGCUAUCGGCCUCCGCCUCGCACCAAGGAGGUCCUCAUCAACCAGCAGGUGAUCAAGCUCAAGUACUGCUUCACCUGCAAGAUGUUCCGGCCUCCUCGCACGUCCCACUGCAGCCUGUGUGACAACUGUGUGGAGCGUUUCGACCAUCACUGUCCUUGGGUGGGGAACUGUGUCGGGAAGCGCAACUACCGGUUCUUCUACACCUUCAUCGUGUCCCUGUCUUUCCUGACGGCGUUCAUCUUCGGUUGUGUGACCACACAUCUGGCUUUGAGGGCCAAAGGAGGAAAAGGCCUGAUGUUUGCCCUUCAGGAGAGUCCUGGCAGUGCAGUGGAGUUGGCUAUAUGCUUCUUCUCAGUCUGGUCUAUCUUGGGCCUCUCGGGCUUCCAUACCUACCUUGUUGCUUCCAAUCUGACCACCAAUGAAGACAUCAAAGGCUCCUGGUCGGGGAAGAGUGGAGAAGCUGUAACCAACCCAUACAGUCAUAAAAACAUUUUUAUUAACUGUUGUUCAGUUCUCUGUGUGCCCAUGCCACCCAGCUUGAUCGACAGACGAGGCUUCCUGCCCGCGGAUGAGCCGGCCCAGACGAGCGGCGUGGACUUGGAGCUGCCCAAUCCAAGCACUAAAAGCGAUAUAAACGUGGUAGGAGGAUCAUCCCAUCUGUGUGUACAGGGACCUAAAGGUUUGCUGGAGUCAGCGGCUCUCACUCCUCUUCUGGCCACCUCGUGUCCUCAGGGGAAACCUCAGACAGCCCUUCCUUGCCCAGAAAACACCUCGGCUCUGAACUCCGACCCCUCCCUGGAGCUCUCCCAGAGAUGCGGUGGCACCCACCACAACUCCAAGACCUAUGGGAGCACUUCUCCUCCGCUCCCCACCAAAGGUCGCUUGCAAAAGCACAAACGAGCCUCUUCACAUACUCCCAGGUCCACCUUUGACGACCACGUUUCCCCUUCCUCCCAUGACGGGAACCAUCGCUCCACCGACAGGGGCCACCGAGGAGCCAAGUUUGCCACACUGCAGUGACUGACUCCGGUUAUAUAUGGGUUCAGAAAGCACAUUAUACAUUUAAUGUUUAAGAUGUCACAAGAGCAGAAAUGGAGGCAUGUUUGGGGUCUUAAUGGUUCUUAGGUUAACAUGACCUACAAGUCAGCUGCAUAUCUAGUAGAAGGGUGGUUCUAUGUGUGGCUAUGUUCAAGGUAUUGCUUAGAGGAGUGACUGAACCUGUUUGACCUUUGCCCCUUCUGGGACCAACAAACGUGGAUUUAUUCUAAAUGACGAUGCAACAACAGUUAUCUACUGCCAGUAAGAAAUGAACUGCUUAUGACCUUUUAACUGAACCUCACUUCAAAAUGCCCCACCGUUAUGGCAAGCCGUUUUAACAUAAGAUCUGUGUGAUUCCAGAUAUCUGAAAUUUGUUUUAUGAGCAGACAUAUCGCUUUUUUUCCUUUUUUUUUUUAAGAUGAAAUACCUAUUUGAGACAUCUCUAAUUACAUCCUGACUAAUGUAUAUGACAGGAGAUUUACCAUUAAUUUGUAAAGGAGCUUUAAUUCAAGAUAAUUAAUAUUUAUCUUUUUAAUUGAUUGGCAUCUGAAACAUAUAUUUCAUAUAUGAGCAAUUAAAUUAUUACUAGUCCAAAAAUAAAUUUAAGCUGUCUCACUUUUUGUUCUGAUCAGUCAAAUCUGUAAUUAAAGAUAUCUUGAAUGACAACAUAAUUAUAGAUAUCUUAAAUGUAGUUUUAGUUAUGUAGAUUUGACUUGUGCAAUUUAUUUUGAAAGCAAAUAAGACAAAAAUACAUUCUAAAUAUCUAGAACUAUAAUUUUGACUAAUUUAAAUUCCUUUUAAGAUAUUUCCAAAUGAAUCAGAGAUGUCAUUAAUUGGACAGCUUUUCUAAUUCAGAUAUCUUGAAUUAGUAUUUUUCCUAGUCAAAAUGACAGAUUUACGUUGCAUUUUGACGUUUCGAUAAUAUAACGAAAAUUAAUAAAAGAAAAGUUGACAGAAGCACGUUUUUCUGUUCAAAACCAUUUUUAAGUGCAUUGUGUUACUUGGAGGAGAAAAUAGAAAAUUCUUUGCAGAUUUCUGAAGCAGUCUUCAAGUUUACAAUUUUUUUUUGCAUUUUCCACAUAUCCCAUAAAUAUUUUUGAACUAAACUGAAUACAGCUGAAACCUUUCUACGUUAUGGCAUUUUCGGACAAUUUUGUGCAAGACACCCAAAAUUCUGCAGGCACCUUUUUGGACAGCUCAAUGGCACCACAAGAGGGAUUUCUAAAUUAAUUCAAAAUGAAUUCAGAAAUCUAAAAAUGUAAUUCUGACUCGUCAUAAUUACUUUACAGCUUCCUUAUGGAUGUGUGACCUUUCAAAUGAUGAAUCCGGUGAAGACAUUUGAGAUAUUGUGGAAGGUAUUUUGACUUGACAAACCAAAAUUAAAGAUAUCUUGAAAUAUUAUUCUUAUUAGGCAGAUGCCUUAAAUUGGGGCUAAUUAAAUGUAGUUGUGUGUUGUCAAAAGGCAUUUUCAGACAUCUGGGGUGUAAUUAUUGAGUCAGACAAACUUGAUUUUAUGCUGUAGAACCAAACCUUCCAUAGAGUGUCAUUUUCUUUGGGUUCCAACUUAAAUGGUAAGUGAUGACAGCUGAAUUGGAAAUAAGCUUGGAAUUGAUCUACUAACCUCUGCCCUGAUUUUUUUCCUUCGUUUUCAGGUUUUAUGUUGACCACCAUUAAAUCCCUCGUAUCUAUGAUAAACAUCCAACUGGGUUCCGCGAAUCAGAAUAAUUUCAAUCAUAGUCCAUUUUGAUGCUACCUGGCUGUUUUGUUGAAAAUUGUGAAUAUAGCACAAUGUGAGUUUUUUGUGGAUUUUCCCUUUAAGCUUGCUGGGUUAGAUGUGUCUUAUCAGCUGUACUGGUGUGUAUCCCUUUAGUGCUACACAAGUGACAGAGAAUGCAACUGCAUGGUCAUAACUAAACAUGUAUUUUAUUGUAUAAGAUUGUCUUUAUUUACAGCUCUAAAAACAUGAAAGCACCUUUUAAGUUGAGCCAAAGCAACUCAGACCCAUCAAUUUGUCAUCAUCCCCUCUUUUACAAAUACCUGCUUGCACUUUCAACUCUGGUUUAUCAACAACAAAACCUGUUCCUGCCCCUUUUAUCUCUUAAAUAAUUUGAUUUUGUGUUUUUUAACAGAUCUGUUUUACGUUUUCCUGGAGAGAUUGGUUCUCAGGUUGCAAAAUUGUAGUUUACCUCUCUUGAAAAGCAAGUUUUAUGUAUUACUGUACGAUGGCAAUAGCUGCACAAAAAUACAGUGACCCCAUUGGUCAUGUUAGCACAAUAAGCUGUUGAGACACAUGCAUGAACUUCUCUCUUCGUCUGUGUCGAAACCCCAUCAGCACCUUCAGUGUGAAUGAAAGCAAUGCAUUCAGAAGUAGAAAUGUAAUGUUUCCUUUUUGUAUGAACUGUGGGCUUAUUUAAGCCAAUGUUCCUCUUCCAAUAAAAGCAAGGAAAGCAAACAUCA